CCAUCCCAGACUGCAGACUCCAUCACCGCCUCCAUGGGCAAAGCUUCACAGACUAGGAGAGAAAGGAAAUACUGAAGGGACCACAUGGAUCAUGCAAGAUGAGGCUGACCUGCUCGAGGAUUACUGCAAAGCUAUUGGGUGGGCUGCAGGGAACUGUCCAUCCUUGCUCUGUGCUGGUGCUGCCCCUGUGGGUGUUGGAUGGAGCCCACAGGGGAGUGCCAAGUCCUGGGUGCUGGGACCCAGCUGGGCAGCAAGCAAGGGAGAGCAGUGUCAAGACCCCAGGGGCUUUUGCAGCAAGUCCCCAGGUUGGGAGUUGAACACAGCCCUAUAAUUUUUUCAUUAAAUCAAAGUGCAAUUUGAACCUAGGAUCCUGCUCCCUGAGGAAGAGGAAAGUGGGUUUCCUUGUCUUCAGGCCCAAGAAAGAUGAAAAAGAUUGUCAAAGCAGGUCUCAUCCCUUGUGCUUGGGCAGGGGCCAGAGAGGCACCUCUUGAUCUGGACACAGCCAGAUGCUACUCCUAUCUUCCACGCAUGCAGUGACAUGUUCACCUGGUCAGAGUGGUGUCUCAGGGGAUGUGUCCCUGUGCAAAUGCCAGGCAGUCUGAGCACCUCCAUUACAGUAUUGCACAUCAGGAACUCCUUGGGAAGGGUGAGACAGGACCCUGCCCAGCCUCAGAGCAUCAUGCAUAUGGCAUGUACGGCAGGCACCGUGCACAGAACACACCCUCCCACAGGAACAAUCGAAUUUUGACAUCUACAUUUCUUCCAGGAAAGCCCUUCUGCACUUGCAAGAAUGGCUGAUUCAAGAGUGCCUGCUGCAGUGACAGUCUUAGGUCCCAAACCCGAGGGAAGCCCAGCACAGCCAGGAGGAAAAACAGUUUAGAAGGAGCAGCAGACACUCACAAUGCAGGAGGAGAAGGUGACAGGGAUGAGCCCUGCGGGCAUUCCCAUCACCAGCCAGCGCAGCAGGGCACAGCUGGCCGGACUGCUCUCACUCCAGCCUGUGUUUAGGUGGCAACACGGGUUGGGUGGCAGUGGGACAGCGUCAGGCCGUGUCCCCCCCCAGGCCUCCAGCAUCGAGCCAGGAACGGGGUCGGCGGAGCCUCUUGGACAGUGGCUGUGUAAAUCAUCCCUGCAUCCCCAGCUCCCUGCGCAGCCGUGCUCAUCGCCGCGUUCCUCCGGCGCUGCCCAGGUCAGACAGACCUCGUCACCUCCCCUGGCCUGGGCACGCUGACAUCAGGACACUCAGGCCUCAGCUGCCAGCCGCCGUGGCUCCGGUUACAGCUCUAUAAAGGGGUUUGGGAUGCAGGCAGAGAGGCAGCUGGGCCGGGCAUUUCGCAGCCCCGCAGCCAUGGAGGGCGGUGCCUUCAUCCUGGUCCUCGCCCUCGCCGUGGCCCUGGCAGAGAGUGCUGCUCCUGCAGAGAGGAAGUGCCAGCUCAGCGGACUGUGGACGAAUGACCAGGACUCACAGAUGGAGAUUUCAGUGCUGAGGGACAACGGGGACUUCCAUGGACAAUACCUCACACGAGUCACCCUCUCCGGGAGCUGUGCCCAAGUCUCCCCACUGAGGGGUGCCCAGCAGCAGCUUGGAGGGGAGGGCUGGCCCACCUUUGCCUUCACUGUGCGCUGGGACAAGUUCUCCAAUGCCACCACCGCCUUCGUGGGGCAAUGCUUUGUGGAUGCAGGCGGAAAGGAGAUGCUGAGCACCACGUGGCUGCUGCGUGAAGCUGUCGGGUCCCUUGAGGAGGACUGGAAAGCCACGAGGGUGGGCAGAAAUGUCUUCUCACGCAAACGCACCCCAAAAGGAAAGAUCCUGCCGAAUUCGUCCCCUCUCUGUGAGGCUGUGUCUUUACCAGGCCCGUGAUGGGAUGAUCUGGCUGC